AUGCCUGGUAACUUUGACCAAGAACAUACUACCAAAGCAUUCAGUACAACAAUACCAAUAGAAUCAGAGUUACCUCCACGCAAUAAUUUCUCAGACAAUGGUGCUCCUUCAGAAUCUGAACAUUUGGACAGUAAUCCUUUUGUCAAAGGUAUUAAAGAAAGCGAUAAAAACGAUAUCAUCAAGGAAACAGAUAACGCAGGUUCGAGAAGUGAGAAUUUACAAGCCACAGGGACUGAAAUGAAGAACUCGAUGCAAAGGGAUCAAAACAAAGUAUCCAUUGAUUCCAAUAGUCAAUUUCCAAGUGUACUUAAAUCUUCAUCCCACAAAUCUGAACCUAUAUUAUCGCAAACUGUUAAUUCAAGCAACAAAAAUGGCAUUUGGAAUGACGAGUACAUGAAUAGAGAAGAGACGGAUUCAUCAAUGAAAAAAUCAACUACUAUUGGAACUACCGCAAAUGCCGAACGCAACUCAAGCACAGAGACUAAGACAAAAAACAUGGAAGAUCAAGGAUUACAAAGAACAAGGACAGGGUCAAGAUCUGGAUCAAGAUCCAGAGGGUCCAGAAAGGGUUCAAUGUCCAGAUCUUCAGUGAGUAGACCGGGUACUACGCAAUUUGAGAAUGAGAUAAUGGAAGCACAGCGCAGAAAACAGCGUCAAAGGAGCAUUGGUUCCGAGGAUAUUGGUUCUUAUGCAACAAUUAUAGGAAAUUCACCAAGUAUGAUUGAUCCCGCUGUUAAUACAUAUGGAUAUAAGUCCAUACCAACGCAUAAAACAAUGUCAACCAAAAGCGGUGCAGCCGGUUAUAUGUUAGACAGGAACGUUUCGAAGGGUUCUUCGAAUGCGUUGCGUGGCACUUCAUCAGAAUCUUCAGAAUCUUCAGAAUCCUCAGAAUCCUCAGAAGAUGUAGGUAACUAUACUGUUGAAAAUACUAAAGGUAUGAAACAUAACUAUAAAAAGAGCACACCAAGAAGUGAACUGAGGAAGAAGACAUCGAACGUUGAAGAAACUGUUAUCGAACAAACGAGAUUUGGUAAAUUUAAAAAGACAUUUAUGAGACCAACUUUGUGA